UAAUAUCAUUCUCAUUAAAUCGUUAUAGAACUAUGGACUACUUAAUGGAUGACUUGACGCAAUUGCUUCGCGAAGUAGUCACAGGUCCUAUUAGAACAAUAUUUUCAAUAAAUGGAACAAUUAUUACCGAUAUAAAACAUAUUUUAAGGAGUGAACUUUAUGUAUGUGCCUGCAAUAAUGAGAAUUUUAAAAAUAUCCAAUAUAAUAUUAACGAAUCCCGAUCUAGAAAUAUGAUUCCAAGAGUAAUUACAAAUUUAGAGUUUGUUUUUCCACAUGUAAUAGUUCUUAUUCGAAAUGGUUCAAGACCUCGUUUGAUGUCACAAUUGUUAUUAAAUAAACACAACAGUCUCUCAUUCAAUCACGUCAUGCGUGUGAUCACUGACGUAAUCAAACUGCGUCCAGGCUAUAUUCGUAAGAUUUAUACGCUGCAAGCAAAACCUGUUAAGACUUUGGCGGAUUUUUUUAGUAGUGAUGAUGUUUUUGUGGUUUUUGGCACAGAACGAGUACAAAUUAAUGAUGACUUUAUCUUGGACAACAAAGAAAUCGUAUCUUUGAAAGCUUUGAGCAAACGACUGCGUAAUGUAGGCUGGCUUUAUAGCUUAGAACAGUUAACCUCAACCAAUACCGAGAAAGCGGUAGAGUACCAACCAACAACCAAUUUAAUAUCACCAAACGUAAUGCCUAGUAUAUGUAAUGAAAACUAUAUUUGUAAUGACUUAGUUGGGCAAGGAGGAUUUGGUUUUGUACUUAAAAUGAUAGAUAGUAACACACAAGAACCUUACGCACUCAAAGUAGUCGAAAUACGUUCUAAGAAUUCAGUGGAAUUGAGAGAAAUAGACAUUCUGAAAAAACUCUCCCAUCGCCACAUUGUGCAUUUGCUUAAUGCCUAUAAAAAGAAAAGCAAACUAUUCUUAAUGAUGGAAUAUGUUAGUGGUACAGAUCUCUCUGAUGUACUUGAAAUGAAAACCAAUCUAACAGAGGCUGAAACUAAAUUGACGAUAAACCAAAUUAUUUUAGGAUUACGUUAUAUUCAUCAUAAAAAAGUUAUACACAGAGACAUCAAACCUAAUAACAUCUUGGUAGAAUUAAGUCAUGGGUCUGAAAAAAUAAAAUCAAUCAAAAUAACAGAUUUUGGGGCAGCCAUUCAAACAGACGAGCCAGUAUUUGAUAUUAUAGGUACCCCCCAAUUUAUGGCACCUGAAAUAAUUAAACGUAUUGGAUAUGGUAAAAAAGUUGAUGUUUUCUCGUCUGGUAUUGUGAUGUAUAUCCUGCUCUUUGGGAAGUACCCAUUUGGAUUAAUGGCCGAUGAUAAAAAUUAUAAGAAAUUAUUUGCUUCAAUUAUAUUAGGCAAAUAUUCCAUUCCGAAUUCAAAAAAGUAUGUAAUAUCGAAUGAUGCCAAAGAUUUUAUGGCAAAACUGUUAUCUAUAGAUCUUCUAAAACGUCCCUCAUGCAACAGACUUUUACGUCAUUGUUGGCUAAAUCCAGAAGAAGGGUCAAGUGAUUGAUGUUACCUUCUAUUACUGUGUGCAUAUUCUUAAAGUUCUUAAAGUCAACUACUAGCACAGCCCAGCGUUAUUGGUGUUAGCAUAUUUCCGUUAUAAAGCAUACGAUUGAGAGACAUCGCUGGAUGCGACUAAUUCAACCUGGCGGCAAGUUCAAAUAUUAAAUAUAGUUUUUGUCAAA